AUGGAUGAAUUACCAAAAUUGGAACAUUUGUCAUUAGUAUCAAAAAUAUGUACCGAAUUAGAAAAUCAUUUGGGACUCAACGACAAAGAUUUGGCUGAAUUUAUUAUUGACUUGGCUUACAAAAAUGAUACAUUAGAAGCAUUCAAAAAAGCUCUUCUGAAAAAUGGAGCUGAAUUUUCCGAUUCAUUUAUUGCCAAUUUGCUGCGUAUUAUACAGCACAUGCAACCGAAAACAUCGAAACGAACAGGAAAUAAAUCAUAUGAAAAUAUUGAGAAAAGUGACACACUUGCAUGUAAAUUUCCUGGUUUAGCCAUACCUAAUGACCUUGUUGGUGAAGAAAAUGACCCCAUUAGUGCUGUCAUGGCAGAAUUAGAGUCUUUUGCUCCAAUUCUUAGCACAAAUGGCACUGAAGAUGAAACUAACAAGCCUAAUGCUUCAGAUGAUAAACGUUUGUCUAGAAGUCGUUCUAAGAGUCAUGAUCGACAACACAGGAGGCGAAAUUCUAGAAACAGAAGUAGAAGUCGAGAAAAACAUGACAGAAGUGAUAAACAGCGAGAUAGACAAAAAGAUAGGAGUCGUGAUAGAUAUAGAGAUAGAAGUCGUGAUAGGCAAAGGGAUAGAAGUCGUGAUAGACAAAGGAAUAGAAGUCGUGAUAGACAGGGGGAUAGGAAUCGUGAUAAACAUGACAGAAAUCGUGAUAGACAGAGGGAUAGGAGUCAUGAUAAACGUGACAGAAAUCGUGAUAGACAGGGGGAUAGGAGUCGUGAUAAACGUGACAGAAGCAAUGAUGGACAAAGAAAAGAAAGACACGAGAAAGAAAUUGAAUCAAAGAGCAAAUUUCCAGAACUGGGAAAAGUGUAUCCUGGCAAAGUCUUGAAUAUUGUAGACUUUGGUUGUUUUGUUCAACUUGAUAUGUUUCGUCAAUCCCAAGGACUUGUGCACAUUUCACAAUUACGUCAAAAAGGAAGAGUGACUUCUGUUAGUGAUGUUGUUUCUAGAGGUGAUAAAGUCAUGGUUAAAGUCUUAUCAAUAAGUGGUAACCAAAAAAUUUCAUUGUCUAUGAAAGAUGUUGAUCAAGACACUGGAGAAGACUUAAAUCCAAUGAUACAGCCUGGAGAUCUAGAUGAAGACGAUGAUAUGAUGGGUGGCCGUAACCCUGACAGACCUACUUCCUUAUUGGAACUACAGACAAUUGCUGAUGCAGAUGAAAUGACAAAUUUAAAACGUAUGAAUAAGAUUUCAUCUCCAGAGCGUUGGGAAAUAAAACAAAUGUUAUCAGCCAAUUGUAUUGAUAAAAGUGAACUUCCCGAUUUUGAUGAAGAAACUGGCAUUUUACCCAAAGAUAACACUGAAGAAGAACAAGAUAUUGAAAUUGAAAUUGUUGAAGAUGAACCUCCAUUUUUACAUGGACAUGGUAGAAAUCUCCACGAUCUUAGCCCAGUUCGUAUAGUUAAGAAUCCAGAUGGUUCUCUUGCACAAGCAGCCAUGAUGCAAAGUGCAUUGUCCAAAGAACGCCGAGAACAUAAAAUGUUAGCACGCGAACAAGAAAUGGACUCAGUGCCUAAAAAUGUUACUAAAAAUUGGAUUGAUCCUCUACCAGAUAACGAUAGUAGACAAUUAGCUUCAAAUAUGCGAGGAAUUGGAUUGACUGCCCAAGAUGUACCAGAAUGGAAGAAACACGUUAUUGGCGGCAAAAAAAGUUCAUUUGGAAUUAAGACCAACUUGACUCUCUUAGAACAGAGACAAAGUUUACCAAUUUAUAAGCUCAAAGAUGAACUCAUCAAAGCUGUGACUGACAACCAAAUAUUGAUUGUCAUUGGAGAAACUGGUUCAGGAAAAACCACUCAGAUUACUCAAUAUUUAGCCGAGGCUGGGUUUACAUCAAGAGGUAAAAUCGGGUGUACUCAACCUAGAAGAGUAGCAGCCAUGUCAGUUGCAAAGAGGGUGUCUGAAGAAUUUGGAUGCAGAUUAGGUCAAGAAGUUGGUUACACUAUUCGUUUUGAAGAUUGCACUAGUCCAGAGACAGUAAUCAAAUACAUGACAGACGGCAUGUUGCUGCGUGAAUGUCUAGUAGAUUUUGACCUGAAAAACUAUUCUGUGAUCAUGUUGGAUGAAGCUCACGAAAGAACAAUAAACACAGACGUUUUAUUUGGAUUAUUAAAACAAGCUGUCACAAAAAGGAAAGAACUAAAACUAAUUGUAACAUCUGCUACUCUAGACGCUGUGAAAUUUUCUCAAUACUUUUUUGAAGCACCCAUAUUCACAAUUCCUGGACGUACAUUCCCUGUAGAAGUUUUAUAUACUAAAGAACCUGAAACAGACUAUCUGGAUGCAUCACUUAUCACAAUUAUGCAAAUACAUUUACGCGAACCACCUGGUGAUGUAUUGCUUUUCUUGACAGGUCAAGAAGAAAUUGAUACGGCUUGUGAAAUUUUAUAUGAGAGAAUGAAGUCAUUAGGACCUGAUAUACCAGAGUUGAUUAUUUUACCUGUAUAUUCAGCUCUACCUAGUGAAAUGCAAACUAGAAUUUUUGAUGCAGCUCCUCCUGGAUCACGAAAAGUUGUUAUUGCUACUAAUAUUGCUGAGACUUCGUUGACAAUUGAUGGUAUCUAUUAUGUCGUCGAUCCUGGAUUUGUAAAACAAAAAGUUUAUAAUUCAAAAACUGGAAUGGACUCUUUGGUUGUCACACCGAUUUCUCAAGCACAAGCCAAACAAAGAGCUGGUCGUGCUGGCCGUACUGGACCAGGUAAAUGUUACAGACUUUAUACAGAGAGAGCCUAUCGAGAUGAAAUGUUACCAACACCUGUUCCUGAGAUACAACGUACAAAUUUAGCAACCACAGUAUUGCAACUGAAAACUAUGGGCAUUAACGAUUUACUUCAUUUUGACUUCAUGGAUGCUCCACCGGUUGAAAGUUUAAUCAUGGCAUUAGAAUCAUUGCAUUCUUUAAGUGCAUUAGAUGAUGAAGGUCUACUUACCAGAUUGGGAAGACGAAUGGCAGAAUUUCCAUUGGAACCUAACCUCUCCAAAAUGUUGAUAAUGUCUGUUCACCUUCAAUGUUCUGAAGAAAUAUUGACUAUUGUAUCCAUGCUUUCCGUUCAAAAUGUUUUCUAUAGACCAAAGGAUAAGCAAGCAUUGGCUGAUCAGAAAAAAGCAAAGUUCAAUCAAGUUGAAGGAGAUCACUUAACCCUUCUGGCAGUGUACAACUCUUGGAAAAACAAUAAGUUUAGUAAUGCUUGGUGCUAUGAGAAUUUCGUCCAAGUACGAACACUCAAACGAGCCCAAGAUGUUCGUAAACAAUUACUUGGAAUCAUGGAUAGACAUAAGUUAGAUGUGGUUUCGGCCGGUAAGAACACAGCUCGAAUACAGAAGGCUAUUUGUUCCGGAUUUUUCCGUAAUGCAUCUAAAAAAGAUCCACAAGAAGGUUAUCGUACUCUUGUUGAUGGACAGGCAGUCUAUAUUCAUCCUAGCAGUGCUUUGUUCAACAGGCAACCUGAAUGGGUAAUGUAUCACGAGCUGGUCCAAACAACCAAAGAGUACAUGCGUGAGGUAACAACAAUAGAUCCGAGGUGGCUUGUUGAAUUUGCACCAGCGUUCUUCAAAUUCUCUGAUCCAACCAAGUUGAGCAAGUUCAAAAAGAAUCAACGACUAGAACCACUUUAUAACAAAUAUGAAGAACCAAAUUCGUGGAGAAUUUCCAGAGUACGAAGGAGAAGAAACUGA